UCGAACUAGGAGCAACGUUUUCGUGUUUAAGAACCGGUCUCCGGACCCUUCAUUCGCGUGUGUAUGUGUGUGUGAGUGUGUGUUUGGGGAAACGUGCUCUUCAUGUAACGUCUGUUUUAGAAGUUUAGAUAACAAUUGCAGCUAUGUUGAGUUUAAGUGGACUUUCGGUCGCUCUUGUUUUCGCUUUAGUUCCGAGCAGCAGCGAGGCUUUAAAAGACGGAGAGUGUGAAGUAUGUUUAAGCUUUUUGGGGAAAUUUUACCAGUCACUUAAAGACAAUAAUGCAAAGUUUACCAGUGAUGCCAUUGAAACGGCUCUGGUCAAAGCCUGCAAGGAUGCGAAAGGAAAGGAAAAUCGAUUUUGCUACUAUAUAGGAGCAACGAGCGAUGCUGCGACAAAAAUCACCAAUGAGGUUUCUAAACCCUUGAGUUACCACGUACCAGUGGAGAAGGUGUGCGAAAAGCUUAAGAAAAAAGACAGUCAGAUCUGUGAACUGAAGUAUGAUAAACAAGUGGACUUGAGCACAGUGGACCUAAAGAAGCUGAAGGUGAAGGACCUAAAGAAGAUUCUGGAUGAAUGGGGAGAGUCUUGUAAGGGUUGUGCUGAGAAAUCAGAUUUCAUCCGUAAGAUCACAGAGCUCAUGCCCAAGUACGCUCCAAAUGCAGCCAAGGCACGGACAGACCUGUAAAAUCUCUGUGGACUUGUGGGACCAAAGCAUCAGCUAACAGCAUCAUGGAUGCAAUGGUGGCGCUGUGUUUCCUGAUGGGGAGCAUGGUUUUGUUUGUCAUAUUGCCUGUUCAUCUAGUGGUAAACAUGAGAACCGUGACCUUUCAUCCAUCCAUUAUUUUUAAGUCAUGUUGUACUGUAAAUAAGAGACAACACUGUACUGUUUCAACCCCAUGUUCUUAAAUAAUAUAACAGCAACUCUAACUAGUAAACGGCAUACAAUUUGCUUAGUGUUAAAGUGAAAAAAAGUAUCCAUAAUAUUAAUAAAACGAAAGGUGGCUUCACAGACAUUUACUUCAUGUGGAACAAUUGUAAAACAAGGUUCAGCUAAGCUUUGAGUUCAAACAGUACAGAAACUGAAAAUGUUUAUACCUAGACAUGAUGGCUACGAUUGCAUACCACUGUCACCCUGUAGUUUCUUUUUCUUUUUGACUAUUAUAUAAAAGAGGAGAUGAGUCCAAACCCAAAGUCACAUUGACAUCACUGUAAAACAUGUUUACUAAAGUUGUACUAUACUUUUUCAUUAAAAUAAGAAAACAUC